CAUGUCUUCAGAGUGCUGGCAAAGACAGAAAAGCAUACUCCCCUCUGGAUCAGGCAGACGCCCUCUCAUUGGAAGAAACGGAUAACACCAGAACACCCGAAAACAAUAACAGAAGCAGCACUCACAACAAAAACCACACCAGUAUACACUCAAUUUCCUCUGCACUGAGCAAUGCCGGAGCAAUGUUGGAAAUGAAACAUCUUUGGGACGAAUUUCAUUCUCUAGGAACUGAAAUGAUAGUUACAAAAGCAGGACGACGAAUGUUUCCAACAUUCCAAGUGAAACUUUGCGGCCUGGAUUUACACUCGGAGUAUAUGCUGAUGAUGGAUUUUGUGCCAGUAGAUGACAAAAGAUACAGAUACGCCUUCCAUAGUUCCAGUUGGGUUGUGGCCGGUAAAGCAGACCCUGUAUCGCCCCCUAGAAUACAUGUCCACCCUGAUAGCCCUGCCACUGGUGCGCAAUGGAUGAAGCAAACGGUAUCCUUCGAUAAAUUGAAACUAACUAACAAUCAAUUGGAUGAUAAUGGACAUAUUAUAUUGAACUCAAUGCAUAGGUAUCAACCCAGGUUUCAUAUAGUCUAUUUGCCUCCCAAAACUGGAAACUCUUCAGAAGAAAACUCUGGCGAAAACUUCAAAACCUUCGUUUUUUCCGAAACAUCUUUCACCGCCGUUACGGCCUAUCAAAAUCAUAGGAUAACCCAACUAAAAAUAGCUAGCAAUCCCUUCGCCAAAGGUUUCAGAGACUGUGAUCCAGAUGACGG